AUGCUUCGACGAGGAAUCAGACUUAUCAAUUCCUCGCGACGAGGUUUCGCCAGCCAGAAGGUUGAUCCCAAGUCAACUUCACCUAUUUAUCUAGAUGUACAGGCAACGUCGCCUAUGGACCCCAGAGUAGUCGAUGCCAUGCUUCCUUACAUGGUUAACGAUUUCGGAAAUCCCCAUUCCAGAACUCAUGCGUAUGGUUGGAAAGCUGAGACGGCAGUUGAAGAAGCCAGAGAACACAUUGCUGCUCUGAUUAAAGCCGAUCCUAGAGAGAUUAUUUUCACUUCGGGAGCUACAGAGUCCAACAACAUUGCCAUCAAGGGUGUUGCUAAAUUUCAACGACAUACGGGAAAGAACCAUGUCAUCACACUUCAAACGGAACACAAAUGUGUUCUCGAUUCCUGUCGUGCUUUGGAGUCUGAAGGAUUCAAAGUUACAUACUUGCCAGUGAAUAAUGGGGGACUUGUUGAGUUGAAAGAUGUCGAAGCAGCAAUUACACCGGAAACUUGUCUCGUAUCUGUGAUGUUCGUCAAUAAUGAAAUUGGAGUAGUUCAACCUAUUGCCGAAAUUGGAGAGCUCUGUCGCUCAAAGAAGAUCCAUUUCCAUACUGAUGGUGCACAAGCUGUUGGAAAAGUUCCCAUUGACGUCAACGCAUUGAAGGUUGAUCUUAUGUCUAUCUCAGGUCAUAAGAUUUAUGGACCUAAAGGUGUUGGAGCAAUUUAUGUUCGAAGAAGACCCAGAGUGAGAUUGGAGGCUCAAAUGAGUGGAGGAGGACAAGAACGUGGAAUCCGUUCAGGAACUCUUGCUCCAUCUUUGUGUGUUGGAAUCGGAGAAGCAUGCAGAAUAGCUAAAGAGGAAAUUGAAAUGGACUCAGCUCACGUUAAGCGACUAUCAAAUAUGCUCAUUGAAGGAGUUCAAAACAAACUUGGAAACAUUAUAAGAAAUGGAGACCCCGAUAAAUCUUAUCCGGGAUGUGUUAACCUUUCUUUCGCUUAUGUAGAAGGAGAAUCUUUAUUGAUGGCCCUGAAGACUAUCGCCCUUUCUUCUGGUAGUGCUUGCACUUCAGCAUCCUUGGAACCAUCAUACGUUCUUCGUGCUAUUGGAACCGGUGAAGAUCUUGCACACUCCUCGAUUCGCUUCGGUAUCGGUAGAUUCACUACAGAACAAGAAAUCAAACACACAAUUGACUUGUGCGUUCGAGAGACUGAGCGCCUCCGCGAGUUGAGUCCACUGUGGGAGAUGGUGCAAGAAGGAAUUGACUUGAACAGCAUCAAAUGGACACAGCAUUGA